UUGGCUUCUUUCCCUCCGCAGAAAACUUCAAACCAUCCACCAAACAGCAUAGGAACACAGAUCUCCACUAUGUCCCUCCUCACUCACCUGUUGGCGUGCCUGUUCGGGAUGGGCUCCUGGGUCUCCAUCAACGGCCUGUGGGUGGAGCUGCCCCUGAUCGUCCCUCAGAUCCCAGAGGGCUGGUUACUGCCUUCAUACCUCUCUGUGAUCAUUCAGAUGGCUAACAUCGGGCCCCUCUUUGUCACCCUGAUGCAUCGCUUUCGGCCCGGCGCCUUGAACGAGAUUGCCGUCAUAUACUUGAUCAUUGGACUGGGAACUGUGGCGAGCUUCCUGCUGGGAUUCUUCUGGAAGGAGACUGUGGUUGUAGGUGGCGUUCCUCGCAGUGUAGCCCUCCUUGUGUUGACUUUCUUCCUCUCUGCGGUCGACUGCACUUCCUCCGUCACCUUCCUGCCCUUCACUAUGCGGUUAAAGCCCCAAUAUCUGACCACGUACUACAUCGGGGAGGGUGUGAGCGGCCUGCUGCCCGCUCUGGUGGCGUUGAUUCAGGGUGUCGGGGUCGUCAACUGCAUAAAUGGCACACAGUCUCUAAACCACACCCUGAACACCUCGUAUAGUGCUUCGAGCACUGAGCUCAGGGCCGAGUAUCAGCCGGCAAACUUCUCAGUGGAAGGGUUUUUCUUCUUCCUUAGUGCUAUGAUGCUUGUGUGCCUGGUGGCGUUCUUGCUGCUGAACUACCACCCGUCUGUGGCGAGGGAGCACCCGAACAGUCGCUACACCACCGGGGUGAAAGACAAAUCUCAGGCAAAAAAGAAGUGGGCCGAGCAGAAGCCCAUGAUGGAUCCCUACAGAGCUCCAAACCUGAAACGCAAGAGCAGCUUCGGGACUGGAUCCUACAGCUGGAUUCAGGUGUUUUAUAUCUUUGCAAUCCUGGCCUGGGUUAACGCUCUGAGCAACACAGUUGUUCCCUCGGUGCAGUCCUACUCCUGCCUGCCAUACGGGAACAAGGCGUUUCACCUAUCAGCCUCCAUGGCCGCAGUAUCAAACCCUCUGGCCUGCUUCAUCGCCAUGUUCUUCCCUAUAAGGUCUUUACUGCUGAUGGGAGCUCUCACAGUGACAGGCAGUGGAAUAGGUGCUUAUAUAAUGGGCAUGGCUGUGAUGAGUCCAUGUCCAUUGCUAGUAAAUGAAACUUCAGGUGGUGUCAUCAUGGUGUUGGCCUGGAUCCUCUUUAUUCUCACUCUGUCCUACGUGAAGGUGAUUAUUGGAGUGAUCAUGAGAGACGAGGGUCACAGCGCCCUCGUGUGGUGUGGAGCGGUAGUGCAGCUGGGCUCUCUGCUGGGGGCUGUGACAAUGUUUCCCCUGGUCAGUCUUUACAGCUUCUUUUCAUCAGGGGACCCGUGCAACACAAAAUGCCCUUAAAAUUAAGUAAGUGGGACAGUAGCAGCCCCUGAUGUGUCACAUUUUUUAUGCGUAGAUUAUAUUUGUGUUUUUUUGUGUUGAUUUAUUUGUAUCAUAUGAAUCUGAGCCUGUUUUUGUUACAAGAGAAGCAAACUGUAGACACAGUAAAUCUGUAGUGUUUUGGUGUUGCAUUACUGACCUUUAUUUCAUAAAGGAAGAUACCUUUGCAUGCGUUGAGGUACAUUUUGUGUUUAUUUAUACACAAUACAAUACGUUUGAUUGAUCCAGAUUGUACUUCAAACCUUCAGAAACUUUAUUCAGAAAUUUGGAAUUUUUUCAAAAGUUUUGGGGAAUUUUCAAAAACCUCCAUCAAGAAAUCUUAGGGGAAUUUGGUCAGAAAAAAACUUUAAAUUUAGCAAACCUAUAAUUGAAAUAUCCAGAAACCUAGUUCGUAAUCUUUGAACACUUUCGCCAGAACUUUAUUUUUAACCUUAAUAAACUUUGUUCAGACUUUUGAGAAACUUUCAAGAACUUUUUUAUUUAUUGUAGAAGACCUCCUGCAGUACCUUCAUGACCCACUAGGGGAAAAUAAUCACUAUAUCAGUUUUAGAAUAAUCCCUCCCCGUCGGUUUCAUAUCAGCAUUAUAAUGAGAUAAUUUUAAACUAAGAAAUGCAGAUUUAAAUAGUUAUGGUAAGAAAAAGCUGAAACAACAGCACUGUUUUUUAAUCGCCAUAAAAUUGUAUAAUUAUUUGUUGGUUGAUUUAGGUCAUUAAUAAUGUGCAGUUGUAUUUCUCUAAGACCGAAACAAAACAUUAGUUUCAAAUUUUUCUUCUUCUGUAUUUCUGUUCAUAAGAGACGGAUCUGAAUGUUCUGUGUACUGAGAAUAAAAAUGUUUGGUACUGUUUGUAGAUAAAUCUAUUUUUAA